GUCCCCCCGUGAAACCGCGAGUAUUUCCUCCUACGCCUUCCCCACCCCCUCGCCCUCGCCUCCUUGGGACCGAGGUGCGAACCCUGUGCUCUACGCCAGUAGCCUAGCUGCGCCACAAGCUCUGCCACCGCAGCAGCACCAUCAUCAUCAGCACCAGCAGCAUCAUCAGCACCCACAGCUGACUCCAGCCCCUUCCCCAGUGGCAAUGGCGCAAAUCGUGAACCACCAACCACAGAUGAUGAUCCUCCCGACCGCCAAUCCGGGAGCCAAGGACUCACGCUGGCUCACACUCGAGGUGUGCCGUGAGUUCCAGAGGUCCAAGUGCUCACGCUCGGACAACGAGUGCAAGUUCGCUCACCCCCCGGCGCACGUGGAAGUACAGAACGGCCGAGUGGUCGCCUGCUUCGAUUCCAUAAAGGCCCACCCUGGCAGCUCUCAGGGCCCGCCCACCGCUGUGCUGAGACCGCCCCCAAUGCCACAGGCUGCCGCUGUUACAUCCCCAUACGAUGCUUCUCCGUACCAGGCAUUGCCCACGCUGUCAGCGGUGCCCGGACCUGGGGCUCCGGCGGCCAGCUACAACCCGUACAUAGCCACUUCUCUGUCCACGGGGCUGCCCACGAGUCCCGAACCCAACACAGUCAUGUCGCAAGCCCUGCCCCCUACCAUGAUUCCAGCCACCGCCAAGGCAGUCCGAGCUGAUAAGUUUGAGGUAUGUCGCGAGUUCCAGCGUGGGACGUGUUCGCGGGCCACCUCCGAGUGCCGCUACGCUCAUCCUGCGGAGCACCUUGUGGUGGACGCUGCCGACAAUCACGUGACGGUCUGUAUGGACUUUAUAAAGAGCAAGUGUACUCGGGAACUCUGCAAAUACUUCCACCCACCCAGCCACCUGCAGGCCCUGGUGCGUGCCGCCCACGCGCGAAACCAAGCCGCUGCUGCUGCCGUGUCCAGCUCCCCGUCUGCCAACAACUCGGCACUGCAAAGCACAAUGCCCGGUGUGAUGCCCGCCUACAAGCGCAUCGCCAUGGGAGACAUCAGCAAAGGGGGCUUCCCCGUGUACCAGACGAAUCCGUUGAUGUCACCGCUGCAACACACGUCGCUUAUGCAGCUACAGCAGCCUCAGUCUUACAUACCCAUGUCCU